GUAACCGAAUCAACCAUGGGAUUCCCAGGAGAUGAGGAAGCGGCAGCCAAAGUACCUGUGAGAUCUUCACUUUUCAGGUACAACUCACCCUUGGUCCAGGUCAGUUUAAUAGGUCUAGUAUGUUUCUGCUGUCCUGGCAUGUUCAAUGCCCUUUCUGGCAUGGGAGGUGGUGGCCAGGUUGACCCUACGGCAGCAAAUAACGCCAACACAGCUCUGUACACCACCUUUUCCGUCUUUGGAAUCCUUGGUGGUGGCAUCUACAACAUCGUUGGACCCAGGAUUACCCUUGCCAUGGGCUGCUCGACGUAUGUCCUUUAUGCCGGCUCUUUCCUUUACUACAAUCACCAUCACGACCAGACUUUUGUAAUUAUCGCCGGCAGUUUGCUUGGCGUCGGUGCAGGCCUUCUUUGGGCUGGACAAGGUGCCAUCAUGACGUCCUAUCCCACCCCUGGCCGUAAAGGCACCUAUAUUUCUCUCUUCUGGACUAUUUUUAAUUUGGGUGGCGUUAUUGGUGGACUCAUUCCUUUCAUCCUGAACUACCACCGUGAAAAUUCCGAAUCUGUCAAUGACAAGACGUAUAUUACCUUCAUGUGUUUCAUGUCAGCUGGUAAGCUCAUCUCAUUUGCAAUUUUAUCCCCUGAUCGUGUUGUCAGAGAUGAUGGUACUCGCUGCACCAACAUCAAAUAUUCAAAUGUUUGCACAGAGGCUUUUGAGAUCGUUAAGCUCUUUCGUAAUUGGAAGCUACGUCUCAUCAUCCCAGCUGCCUGGGCUAGCAACUUCUUCUACACCUACCAGUUCAAUAACUUUAACGGUUUGAAGUUUAAUCUGAGAACAAGAGGAUUGAACAAUGUCUUUUAUUGGGGGGCUCAAAUGAUAGGUUCAGUUGGAAUUGGAUAUGUUUUGGACUUCAGUUUCAAGAGCAGAAGAACAAGAGGUUUGGUUGGGAUUGGAGUUGUUGCUGUGCUUGGGACUGCAAUUUGGGGUGGUGGGCUUGCCAGCCAGUUAAAUUAUUCUUUUCACAAGCUUCCCGAGCGGUUGGACUUCAAAAACUCAGGAAACGAUUUUGCUGGACCAUUCGUAUUAUAUUUUUGCUAUGGAUUAUUGGAUGCCAUGUUUCAAAGUUUGGUUUAUUGGGUGAUUGGAGCAUUAGCUGAUGACUCAGAGACCCUCAGCAGAUAUGCCGGUUUCUACAAAGGAGUGCAGAGUGCAGGAGCUGCAGUUGCCUGGCAAGUUGACAAACACAAGGUUCCCUUGCUCAACCAGCUGAUUAUCAAUUGGGCUCUUACCACUUUGAGUUAUCCAUUGCUGGGGCUCCUUGUUUAUUUGGCUGUAAAUGAUGAGAGUAAGUCUGCAGAGGAUGCUGACACUGCUUCUGGACUGCCUCCCCCUGCUUCAAUGAAAGAUGGUUACAUAGAAGUUGGCAAAUCUACUCCUGCUGCAGAAAGGGAUGCUUCUCAAGUACCUCGCAAGUCUACCUGACAAAUUUUUUUAUCCCCUUUCGAAGUUCUUGUUCAUCUAGUGGAAAUAAAAGUUCCAGAAGGUGAAAUCUGAAAUUAAUGGAAUUCUUCAUACAUCAAAUGUUUCUAUUAUUCUAUUCCUUGGUUUGUAGAAUUGUUGUUCUAAUCAGGUUGCGAACUACUUGAUACCCCUAUAUUUUCAUUUUUGUUGAGUAUUGAGUCUUGGGUUUUAGUAGACAAGCUCAGAGAUUGUAAAAGGAAAUGUGCACAUCAGCAUCCUGUUCAUGACAUCUAAUUGUCUAAUCCUAGCUCUUCAUCUUCAGAGAUAAAAUACAAGGGUUCCUGGUCACUCGGUUCAACAAAUUGAAAUCUGCACACUAAAUAGCUAGAAAUGCUUGUAGCCAAUCCUCAACAAUCCCAAUAAUUCAAA